AUGAGAAAUGAUUCUGCUAAAUUGGAUUCAUCUAAUAUUGAUACUCUCUCUCGCAACACGGAAUCUUUAAACGAUUGGCAAUCGUCGCCAAGUAAUCAAACUCGAACAAAAAGACGCAAGAUGGCUCGAACAGAAGUUAAUGACGAAUCAGCUAAAAUUAAUACGCGCAAUCGAGCAAAGACCAAAUCAAAACCUUCGUGUCGUGCUGUUGGAUUAUAA